AUGAUAGUGGACUUCAGGAAGAGCCCAGCCACACCUGCCCCAAUCACCCUGUGUGACUCCCCUGUCGACACAGUGGAGUCCUUACGCUUCCUGGGCACCAUCAUUCGCCCAGGACCUGAAGUGGGAGCUGGUGUUAAAAAGCACAGCAGAGGAUAUAAUACCACAACUGUUGAAGUAAGGCCAAUGCUCACCCCAAAGCAAGCAACCGAUCUGACACUGCAACUGUAUGGAGUGACCAUAACUGAGAUCUCCCCCCUGCCUAGUUAUAUUGACCAGAACUUCCUUAUGGUGGACAAGGAGGGUACCAAUUUCCUCCUGAAGAUCAUGAACUCAGAAGACAGCAAAAAUGCCAUUCGCCUGGAAGUUCAGACCCUCCCCAUGUCCUUUCUACGCCAGCAUGGAAUUCCUACUCAGACAGUAAUUCCCAACACCACGGGGCAGCUCAUGAGUAUGGAGGAAAUAGACUGUGGACAUGGUGCUCAGACCUACUGUGUGAGGUUGAUGACCUAUCUUCCUGGAAAAACCAUCGCAAAAUCUCCAGUCACUAUGCAAGAUCUUUACCAUGUCGGCAAAAUGGUUGCCUCCAUGGACAAGGCAUUGCAACAACUGGUAUCUCCAAACCUGGAUGUCUUACAAAAUAAUGAUGUACUUUGGAGUUUAUCCAGAAUUCCUCUCAUAGAGUGCUCCCUAUCAGUGAUGGAUGGAAAUCCCCUGCAGGAAGUGAUCAAAGCAAUCAUUAAACAGUGUAAAUCACACGUGCAGCCCAAAAUCAGCUCUUUCCGAAAAGGAAUAAUACAUGGGGACACAAAUGACAUGAACAUCAUUGUCACACCUGUAGGCAACGGGCGUCAUGAGGUGUCAGGCGUGCUGGACUUUGGUCUGCUCAUGAAUGAUUGCUAUGUAUUUGAAGUGGCAGUAACAAUCGCUUACAUGAUGCUGAAGAGCACCAGUCCUUUGGAUGUAGGUGGAGCAGUGUUAGCAGGCUGGGAGAGCAUUAUGAUGCUCAAUGAUGAUGAAAGGGAUUGCCUCUUCCUGCUGGUACUCGGUCGGUUGUGCCAGUCUGUGGUUUAUGGCCGGUGCAAUGCCAAAAAAUUCCCAGACAACAAGAAAUAUAUCCUGACUACAUCCGAAGACGGGACUCGGCUUAUUACUAAUCUGUGGGAGCUGGGCAAGAAAGAAGUAGAAAGGAAAUGGUUCAGAGAUGCCAGCACAUUCUUGGUCAAUUAA